GUUUUCUGGGUGAUAUCAAGACGAGGGCGAGUUCUUGAUUUUCAUCAUUUGGGGGGGCACGAGAGUGGCCGUAACGAGCUGCGUGUUUCUUAGCGGGUUCAGGGGAUUUUCGGGGUCUAGCGAAAUUGGGUAUGCCCUCUUUGUGUUUGAUGAUAUGUGUCAAAGGUCGAUACUUUAGUUCGGGGUGCACCUUGCAUCCCCACUUUGACGGAGGCUCUCUUUUAUGGAGAAGAAGAGUUUUCCCGUAAUGCCCAAUCCAUACGUGGGUAUCUCCAAAGAGUAAUCUGUCGAUUCCGUGGACAAGAUCCACAGCUGCUUCUUGAGGUCAUGCUAUAUUGAUAGGAACCAGCUUAAGGUCAGUUGAGAGGACUUCAACCAAUGGUAGUUCCUAGCAGUAACCCCCACAACAGGGAAAUGGCCAUUAGGAGGAGGAUGGCCAGCACAUUCAAUAAAAGAGAAGAUGAUUUUCCAUCCUUGAGAGAGUACAAUGACUACUUGGAAGAAGUGGAGGAAAUGACAUUCAAUCUGAUUGAAGGAGUGGAUGUGCCGACUAUUGAAGCAAAGAUUGCAAAGUACCAGGAAGAAAAUGCUGAGCAGAUUAUGAUUAAUCGUGCGAAAAAGGCUGAAGAGUUUGCUGUGGCAUUGGCUGCAAGCAAGGGGCUACCUCCUCAAACUGAUCCAGAUGUGGCUCUUAACUCUCAAGCAGGAUUGAGUGUUGGGACACAGGGACAAUAUGCUCCUGCAAUUGCUGGAGGACAGCCACGGCCAACAGGCAUGGCUCCGCAGCCGGUGCCACUUGGGACUGGCCUCGACAUCCAUGGAUAUGAUGAUGAAGAAAUGAUAAAGCUCCGAGCUGAAAGAGGAGGCAGAGCGGGAGGGUGGAGCAUAGAGCUAAGCAAGAAAAGGGCUCUUGAAGAAGCAUUUGGAAGCCUUUGGUUAUAAUUCAGUUAGUUCUAGCACUGUUUGUGGGUGGGAGCAUUCUAAGAUGGUUCUUAAGGGAGGAAGCGAGAAUUGCAAUUGUUAUGAUUGGUCUGACUAAGAAAGUGUUUGCAAUUAUCCGCGUGAAGAUCAUGUCUUUCUGGUUCUUGCAUGGAGAGCAUUUGGAGGAGCAGCAGCCUUGCUGCUCGCUGGCAAUUUUAAUGUGACAUUGAAGGUGUAAAAUUGUUACCUCUAAUACGAUCAUACUUGGAAUAGUAAUGGUAACUGAAUCUCUCUCUCUCUCA